CGAAUGAUUUGUCGGUCCCUUUCUUUAGCUCAUCGUUUCGAAUUUUGUGAUCAAUUUGUUUAUUAUGUGGCUUAUUUUUGAUACUAGAUGAGGCGACAGAAUCUGUAAUAUCUCACCAAUAAAUUGCGAUGUUAAGAUGAUUCCUUUGAAAGAUAACCAAGAUGUGGCUUCUUUCCUCGUCACGAAACACUCUUGGAAGGGCAAGUACAAGAGGGUAUUCUCGGUGGGGACUCAUGGAAUCACCACAUACAACCCGGACCGUCUGGAGGUGACCAACAAGUGGCUGUACUCGGACGUGGUCACGGUGGCCUCGGCCAAACACUCCAACUCAGCCUUUAACCAUGACUUCACACUGGUCAUGAAGAAAGAGAAGAAAGUGGACACUAUGAAGUUUUCCUCCGAACACAAGUGUCUCAUUCUGACUGAAGCUUUCAAGUACAGGCACCUGUUUGCUGAGAAGCCUAAAGAUGUCUUUAGAUAUCAAGCAUACAAACACCACUGGAGCGGGACUCGUCUCCCAGUUGUGUUAGAAGUGGGCCCUUGUGCCCUAGAGCAGCUGGAUCCUUCCACUCACACCUUACUGGCCAGCUAUCCAUACCAUGACAUCCAGGGCUUGUUACAAGUGAGGGAUGUCCCUGGGGGCAUAGUCCUGGCUGUGGGUGGUUAUAGCCGGCUUCAUCUCUUCUCCAAUGCGAUGGAGCAUCAAGCAAUCAUUAACAAAAUGCUUGAGAUGGCCAGCCUAACACUUAGUACAAGCAUAAAAGUUCUGUCCACAAUGAUUACGCUGAAUGAUUACCAUGAUCAAAGAUUUGGGAAGUACAGUGGGGACCAGCACCAGACGUCGCUAAGUGAGUUCAUGGUACACAAGGUGAACCCCGCGCGCCACAUGGAGCCUAUGAGACGUACGAUGUGUCUUUCCGACACCUGCAUUCUGGAGAGGGAUCCUCAGACUUAUUCAGUGGUGUGUCUGCGCCCGUUAUGCGACGUGUUCGCUUUAGUGCGAGACCCCGAACAUCCUCAGAAGUUUUCCAUCGAAUACCUUAACGGCCAGACUCGCACGUACCUCGCAGGGGAAAGGGACGCGCUGCUAGCCUCUUUACUGGAUGGUGUGCGCUCAGCGGGACAACGCGACGUGCACGUUCGCUCGGUGCCUACGCCGCGCGGGUUCCGUCUAGGGCCGCUGCAUCAACCGGUGGACGAAGAAACUGAAUCUAAUCAUCUCAGGCUGUUUCAAAACCCAGUGGGCAUGUGCCGCGCGGAAGUAAUCGAGCGUUUCAACGCAAACGUCGGAUACAGCGGCCUCAACUACUCCGUCAGCCAAGACAGGCUGUUCGCGGAGAACAAAGAAAAGCUGAUUACCGGAGCCCUAACUGCUCUGGUCAGCAGUGCCACGUCUGGUGGAAGUCUACCGCCGCGGGAGUUGGAAGCGCAGUUCCAUGCGUUGAGACGGCUGUGCGCCAGCAAAGUUGGAUUCGCUGCAUUUACUGCUCUGCCCGGGUUCCGUGAAUGGAUCGGCACAGCUGUAGUCACAGCACUACGCCGCGGUUCUCCAGCUUGCUCUCACGCGGCUUUAGACGCGGUCUGCGCGCUCAUGCAGCCCAUGCACCAGGAACCCGACCUUAGACAGGAGCAGCUGAACAAGGCCAGCAUGCUGUCUUCUGCCUCUUUCUUGGAGGGGCUCUUGACCAUGUGGGCGGAGCAUGUGACAUCGGGCAGCGGCGCUCUGGUGGUGGCGGCCAUGUUGGACUUCCUGACGUUCGCUCUGUGCGUGCCGUACAGCGAGACCACGGACGGGAAGCAAUUCGACCAGCUGUUGGAAAUGGUCGCUAAUAAGGGGCGCGUGCUGUUUAAGUUGUUUGAGCACCCCUCAAUGGCGAUAGUAAAAGGCGCUGGCCUAGUAAUGCGAGCACUAAUCGAGGAGGGCGGCGGCACCGUCGGCUCUCGCAUGCAAGCCCUAGCGUUGGCCGAAGCGGCGCUGCCGAGGCAUCUGUUAGCUGCGCUGUACGCACCGGCGCGGUUACACCACCGCCAUCUUGCGAGGCAUUUGGUCGCUCUGUGGCUGGUUGACCAUGCGCCGGCGCAUAGCCUGCUUACGAGACUGAUGCCAUCAGGUCUGCUAGCGUUCUUGGAGUCAGCGGAAGCGCCGCCCGCGGCCGCGUUAGAAGAGGAGCGCAUGCAAGAACGAGACAACCUGCAGCUUGCGCAGGCGACGGUGAAAGCGCGUGCGCCGCACUGGGAGGCCUUGGAGCGGCAGGUCAAGUACGUCGAGAAGCAUAUCGAGCACUACGCGGCGUUGGCACUCCAGCACUGGGCACAACGGACUGGGCGUGGCGCUGCGGCGGCUGGGGCUCCAGGGGCAGGACGCGAGGCCCGAGAACGCCCUGUAGUGCUGCGCCGGCGCCGCGAGCGCCUCAAGAGCACGGCUAACUGGCCGCUGCUGUACUACCAGUUUCACCGGGACCACGCGCUGCCUAAUCUCAUAUGGAACCAUACGACUCGCGAAGAACUCCGCAACGCUUUAGAGAGUGAACUUCGCGCGUUCAUGUCGGACCGUGAAUCCGCGGGUGGUGCACUCACCUCCUGGAACCACACGGAAAUGGAAGUCCACUACCAGUGCCUCCAGAACGAGGUCAAGAUCGGUGACUACUACCUCAGGAUACUGCUGGAACAGCGAGACAGCGACGACAGCCCGAUACGCAAGUCGUAUGAAUUCUUCAACGACUUGUACCACCGGUUUCUAUCAACGCCGAAGGUAGAAAUGAAGUGCAUGUGUUUGCAAGCUAUGAGUAUUGUCUAUGGGAGGUACUACGAAGACAUCGGCCCUUUCGCGGACACCAAAUAUAUUGUACAAAUGUUAGAUAGAACAUGCGACAGAAUGGAAAGAGAUAGACUAGUACAAUUUGUUGCAAAAUUAAUACUUCAUAGAAGAAAUGUUAGCGAGAUUUUAGAAUGGAAUGGAAUUAGGAUAUUAGUAGACCUGAUGACCUUGGCCCACCUUCACACGUCUCGAGCGACAGUGCCAGCUCAGAGCAACGUGAUAGAGGGUCCCUCGCAGCAACCAGGCGGCGGCGACCGCGAGUGGUACUACAACUUAGAACAGGGGGAGAAGGUGCAGAGAAUGGGCCCUGUUAGUUUCCAACAGCUCAAAGACCUGUACAAGUCCGGCGAGAUCAACAACAAGACCAAAUGCUGGGCCAACAGCAUGGAAGGCUGGCGAGCCGUGGGCGGGGUCCCGCAGCUCAAAUGGACCCUGGCAGCACGUGGGACCCCUGUCCUGAAUGAAAGCGAGCUGGCUGCUACUAUCCUGGACCUGCUGAUCACUUGCGCGCGGUAUUACCCUAGCAGAGACGAAGAAGAUGCAGUAAUACGACCUCUGCCCAAAGUCAAGCGGCUGUUAUCGGAGCCGGCGUGUCUCGCUCACGUUGUACAGUUGCUGCUUACUUUUGACCCUAUUCUUGUUGAAAAGGUGGCAACAUUACUACACGAAGUGAUGCAGGACAACCCUGAAAUAUCGAAGUUGUACUUGACUGGCGUAUUCUACUUUAUGCUGCUGUACACUGGGUCCAAUUUACUUCCAAUCGCCAGGUUCCUGCGGCUCACGCAUAUGAAACAAGCGUUCAGGGCUGAUCAAACUACUUCAGACAUAAUGCAGCGCUCGAUACUUGGCCAGUUGCUGCCCGAAGCGAUGGUGUGCUAUCUAGAGAACCACGGCGCGGAGAAGUUUGCGCAGAUUUUCCUCGGGGAAUGGGAUACUCCCGAGGCAAUCUGGAACUCUGAAAUGAGACGCAUCCUGAUAAUGAAGGUAGCAGCGCACAUCGGCGAGUUCACGCCGCGGUUGCGCGCGCACGUGGCCGCUCGCUACCCGUACCUCGCCGUGCCAGCUGUCCGCUACCCGCAUUUGGAGGCGGAGUUAUUCUGCAACACCUUCUACCUUCGCCACUUGUGCGACACGCGCCGCUUCCCCAACUGGCCCAUACCCGACCCGGUGGGCUUACUAAAAGACGUGUUAGAAGCGUGGCGCCGCGAAGUGGAGAAGAAGCCUCCAUCCAUGACGGCCAGCGAGGCCUACGCUGUGUUAGGCCUGAGCGGCAGCCAGCACGACGAGGCCGCGGUCCGUAAGGCCUACUACAGGCUCGCACAGCAGUUCCAUCCUGAUAAGAAUCCUGAGGGACGGGAUCGCUUCGAGGCGGUGAACCAAGCAUACGAGUUCCUCUGCAGCCGCAACGUGUGGACGGGAGACGGGCCCAACACCAACAACAUCGUGCUCAUCUUGCGCACCCAGACGAUACUCUUCAGGCGGUACUCGGAUGUUCUCGCGCCGUACAAAUACGCGGGCUACCCGCAGCUGUUGCGCACGGCGCGUUUAGAAGUGGAAGCGGACCAGCUAUUCGCCGAGAGUGAGGCCCCGGCCUUACUUCCAGCGGCGUGCGAGCUGGCGCAUGCUACUGUGGCUUGUUCCGCGCUGAAUGCAGAGGAGCUUCGCAGGGAAGGAGGGUUGCAGGUGUUGCACGAAGCGAUGUCGCGCUGCGUGCCGGUUCUCUCCUCAAGCACGAAGCCUGGCGACGUGAGCGCGGCGGUGUGCGCUCACUGUGCGCGCUGCUUCGCGGUGGCCGCCGGGUUCGAGGCCUGCCGGGAGGUCUGCGCCGGCCUGCCGCAGCUGUGCCAGGACCUGGUGCCUUUACUGAGGCGACCGCAUCUGGGCGAUACGGCAUGCGCAGGCGCCGAAGCGGUAGGCGCUUUAGCGGCGGCGGCUGAAUGUCGUGCAGGACUAGCGCGCGCCGGCGCUAUACACGCGCUAUUACCCGCUGCGUUGCGCUACGAUUACACGCAUACUGAGUCCGGCGUGGAGGCCGAUGAGACCAACAAGCAGGAGAUCGCAAACAAACUAGCCAAACAGUGCAUAGUGGCGCUGGCAGCUUUGUAUGGCCCGCAUGAAGAGGCUACCCCGUACGACGCGCGGAUACGCGACGCGCUGCACACGCUACUAACGCCGCACCUGUGCAGACGACUGGCCGAGACUGAUCAACACGAGCUCCUAAAGACCUUAACAUCCAACUGGCGCACACCGUACCUAGUCUGGGACAACAGCACACGAGCCGAGUUGCAAGACGUGCUUCAAAACAGCCGCCUCUCUGACGAGGAAGAUGGGCCCUUGUUGGAGCCAUUCGCGUACUCCGCUCAUGAGGGCCUGGUCUCCGUUGGUGGCGUUUACAUACACAUCUACAACGAGCAGCCGGAGUUCCCUAUCGAGAAUCCCCAACAGUUCAUCCUAGAACUGCUGAAGUUCAUCCAAGAGCAGAUACAACUAGAUAUGACGCCGGAUCGCGUUGAACACAUCACGCUGGCGCUUAAUUCCAUCGCCAACGUCAUCAUCAAGAACCCUGGUGUUGAGAUCCAAUGCAUCGGGCAGUUCGGUCUAAUUUUCGGGCUUCUCUCCGCCCGAUCGCAACCGCGCCUCCAAAACGCUGCGUUGCAAGCGGUCAGAGCCACCGCGGGCAGCCGGGAGUGCGUGGAAGACGUGGCCGCUAGUGGCGUUCUGGGCCACCUAGUGGCUUUGUUACCGGUGGCUGGGCUGACUAGAGUGGCCAUUCCUGGGGCCCCCGAUGUAUUAGAUGUGUUGGCGGCCUUGUCCGCGCUGUUAGCCAACACUACGCUGGUUAAAGAGGCUUUAGCUAAAGGUGCUGUGAUAUACUUAUUAGAUCUGUUCUGCAAUAGUAAGCUGCCUGAGACGCGCGAGGCGGCCGUUGAGCUGCUUGCGCGAAUGAUGGCGGACAAACUGCACGGGCCCAAGGUUCGCCUAACGAUAUCCCGCUACGUGCCGGGAGUGUUCGCCGAAGCCAUGCGGGAAGGCGGCGCCGCUAGUGCUGUGCACAUGUUCGAUGCUCAGCACGAGCACCCCGAGCUUGUAUGGAGCGAGGACACGAGGGCCGCGGUCGCGCGCACCCUCUCUGGACUUAGAGACAGGCACCAAUCCAGCCAAGUCCGCGACGCGAACUCAAUAUUCGAGGACCGCGAGACACUCGAGCGGAGCUCCGCCGGCGACGAGGCGUGGGCGCCGGCCGGCGAGGUGGUGGUGGGCGGCGUGUACCUCAAGCUGUUCCUGCAGCACCCGCACUGGAACCUGCGCAGCCCCAAGAAGUUCCUGCAGGAGCUGCUCACUGAAACACUCAACGCGCUGUCCAAGGACACCACCGAGGUACGAAGGAUUUUUUUUUAUGACCGCGAGACACUCGGGCGGAGCUCCGCCGGCGACGAGGCGUGGGCGCCGGCCGGCGAGGUGGUGGUGGGCGGCGUGUACCUCAAGCUGUUCCUGCAGCACCCGCACUGGAACCUGCGCAGCCCCAAGAAGUUCCUGCAGGAGCUGCUCACUGAGACACUCAACGCGCUGUCCAAGGACACCGCCGAGCCAAGCCGCGAGGCUAACAUAGCAUGGAACCUGCGCAGCCCCAAGAAGUUCCUGCAGGAGCUGCUGACUGAAACGCUCAACGCGCUGUCCAAGGACACCGCCGAGGUACGAAGGAAAUAA